UUGGUCUUUGAACUCCUUCCCCUUAUCUACUCUAUUCAAAUCUCUCUCUCUCUCUCUCUCUCUAACACACACACAUUUCCCAUUCUUAUCUGUAAUUCCCCAUCUCUCUCUGUGUCUAAAAUGGGUAGUUGUUUGAGCAAGAAAACCACCAUUUGUUCCUCACCAAAUGCACUUCCCGACCCACCUCCAAAUCAAACCAAGACCAACACUAACCCCCAAUUAAUAGACACGAAAAAGCCAGAAGUAGAGACUCUGAAGAAGGAGAUCUUUGUCAUCAAACACCGCAAGAGCCAAGACAUCGAUCGAAGAUCUGACGAAGAAAAACCCAACCCAGUUCACCAGAAGAUCCAAUGUACAGCCACCAGUACUGAUACAUCUGCAUCUGAAUCAGCUGAUCUUGGUAACAACAACAACAACAAUACUAGUAGCAAUGGAGGAGGAUUUCCGAAUGGGGGAAUCGUAGUGAGGACAUCGAGUUGUACGAAAGAAGAGGUCGAUGCUAUUCUCAUCCAGUGUGGCCGCCUCAGCCGCAGCUCGUCCGCCGGAAAAGCCACCGCCUUGUCCGGUUCUGGCCAUGAUCGGAAGUACUCUGGCUCCAAGAGGAGUUAUGAUUUCGAUCACGAGACUCCUAGCAAAGAUAAGAAGAAAGGUAAUGGCUUUGAGUAUGAAAACUACGACGAUGAGGUUGUUGAUGGCGACGAUGAUGAGACGGUGGCGGAGAGAAUCCACCGCCACCGGCAGCGCCACCGCCAAUCAAGGCCCUCUUCUUCUUCUUCCCGGAGGAGGACUCCGAGCAGAGAAAGAGACCAACAACAACAACAACAGCAGCAGAGGUCGGGAAGCAGAGAAAGAGGCAGCAGUGGCAGCGGUGGUGGGAGGAGGGUGAGCCGGUCUCCGGGGAGGAGAUCUGAAUCACCCAUAACUGGUGGCGCCACCACUUCAUCAGCCAAUGCCGGUGGAUGUAGGCCUGGAAAGAUGGUCUCUGUUCCGGCCACCGAUAAGAGCAAUAAUGGUGGUGGUGGUGGAGUGGAGGCUCCGCCAGUUAAGAGGAUUUCGGUGAAGAGAAAUGCAGGGGGGGAAGCGGCGGCAAUGGGGUGUAGGAGUGUGGCGUCACCGCGGUCUCAGUCUCCUGCGAGGGUGAAUGGGAGGGGGGGUGGCAAUGAGAAUCAGAAUGGGCACACCAAUCAGCCAUUGUCCCUCAGCAGAAGCAAUUCUAGGAAGGCUGAGCAUUCUCCUUAUAGAAGAAACCCAUUGGCUGAGAUUGAUCAGAAUUGUGUUGGAUUUGAAGUGCCUCUACACAGCAACAAGGCUGACAAGAACAGUCUGUCUCAGGCUCCAAUGCAGAAGCAAAGCAACAAUGAGAAUGUGAAAAGUAACAAAGUCACAGUGCAAGGCACCGAUAACAAAACCAACACUGGCAAAGACAACAAGUAUGGAACUUCAAGUUGCAGAGCAAACGAACAGCAGCAGGGGAAAGAUGACGGCAAAAUAUUGCAACCAACGCCCGGCAGCGUUGCAUUGACAGUGGUACCCUCAGGACCCGAAAUCCUCAAACCACAAACAAUAACACGAAGCCGGUCCUCGAGACUGUCACGGGACCUUGACCUCAACCCCGACACCCUACUGAAUCCCGCUCCCUCUUCCUAUACAGCGCUAUUGCUUGAAGAUAUCCAAAACUUCCACCAAAAGGGCACCCCAGCAAUCUCUCUCCCGCCUUGCGUCACCAAGGCGUGCUCCAUCCUCGAAGCAGUUGCCGAUCUCAACUCCAGUUCGAGCAAUCCAGUUGGGAAGAAGAGAUUAGAGAGCAAGGACCCUUUUGUGGAGUCUGAAGUGCUUGUCAGCGAUGACCUAACUGAACCAAGCUUUCACAAGUAUGUGACUACGAGGAGGGGUACUGUGGGAGGUGAUAGUGGAGAUGUGGAAGAGCAAGAGUCCUCAGGGAGCAACAGCUUUGUUGUUGGUGGUCAACAACAUUGGGCAUCUUCUUCUUCAUGGGAACCCAAUUCAGCUGAUUCAACUGACCACUGGACUUCUUCAAGGUCGAAUACCAGGGAGGACAAUAGGAGUCCACCGGGUUUUCAGAGGCAUGCUUUGUCCGAGCCACGCUGUGAUUCGGAUGAUGCACGAAGAAAGUUGAGCGAAAAGAAGAGAGAAUCUGAUGAUCGUCAGCAGAAUGGAGUAGGGCGAGGCCGAGUUGGUUCGAGUAGAGGUCUUCACUCGACGCCUCCACUUGCAGCUGUUUCAACCUGAAAAUGAACGAGAUGAACCUUUUCAGUUGUAACUUUUAGUUGAAUUGUAUCAGUGGUUGCAAACUUGCAACUUUUGCUGUAA